CCGAAGUUGAACAACCGAAAAUCGGCAUUCGUCGUCUUCUUCUUCUUUUUCUUCAAUUCAAUCUGGUUUUUCAGUUGAAGUUGUUCGAUUUUUUUAUUUGAUCCGGUUCCAACCAGAUUCUGUUAACAAGAUCCUUGUAAGAAUUCCAAAGUUGAUGUCAUUUCUGUAGCGAAGAACUCUUCUUCCACCAUUGUUGAAUCCUGAACCCCGAGAGCUUCGUGAGUGAAGAAGAUGAAGCAAUUAGUGAGUGUUGUUUUAGUGAUUUUCAUCAUUGGUUUAAUACCGACGUUUGAGUGUUCGAAGAAGCCAUCAGCUGCUGCUAGAAAAGAGGAUAUUCCGUACAUCAAAUGCCAAGUCUGCGAGAAGCUUGCUGCGGAGUUGUAUCACCAAGUUGAGAAGAAACAAGCUGAGAUUGCUCCCAAGAAGAUCUCGGAGUAUCAAAUUAUCGAAAUAGCUGAGAAUGUUUGUAAUCUGAAGAAGGCAGAAGCUGAUUGGAUCUUACAGAUCGACAUUGUUGAACAAGGUGAUAAGUUGGAGCUAGUGGAUCAGAACACUGAAGGACAAUGCAAUUCAGAGUGCAAGACGAUUGAACGUGCAUGUCAAGAGGUCAUGGGAUAUUCUGAUACCGAUGUUGCUGAAUACUUGUAUAGCUCCAAACCAAAGAUUGAUUCUUUGGUUAACUAUCUGUGCAAGGACCUCACCAAAUCGUGCACUACUAAGCCGCCUCCAGUUCCUAAGGAUAGGACUCCAGGUGAGCCCUUUGUGGCCAAGUCAUCUAAAGAAGCUGAAAUGGAAAAGAUGAUGAGAUCCAUGGAGGGAAUGCCAGGAGCACCUGGAAUGAAAAUGUAUUCAAGAGAUGAUUUAAUGAACAUGAAGAAUUUCGGAGGUGAAGAUGAUGAUGAAGACGAAGAAGAAGAAGAUAACUUCCCCUCUAAUUUGGGCAAAGUUUUGAGGGAGAAAGAGAGGAAGAACAAUGAUUGGAAAAAUAGAAUCACUAAAGGAGUUUCUAAGGCAGGGGAAGCACUAAAACAACAUGCUUAUAAAGUUUCCAACAAAGUAAGGCAUUGGUGGAGAGCAAAGACUGGAGGCUUAAAAAGUUCAAAGCCAACAAAACAAGAACUUUGAAGUAUCUUCCUUUAACACUACAAAUAGUUUUCAUUUGUAUUUGCAUCUCCCUAAUAGGAAGUUAGCUAGUAAAUUUGAUAGCAAAUACUGGAGAGUUGUGGUUUAAAUCAAUCCUUGUUCUGAAAUUUUGUGGUUCUUUUCAGUUAUACUGAGGAAAAACUAAGACUUUGCUAAUGGAAGAGUUGUUCUGUUUUUGUUUUC